AUGGCUUCGGUUUCUGCACACAAGGGUGACCUCAAGGUUAAAAAUGAAGGGAGCUCGCCGUCAGGCAGUGUCGAGGUCGUGGGCAUCAACGAGAAGGCAUUGUUGCGAAAACUAGACUACCGUCUUCUGCCACCACUUACAUUACUAUACUUGCUUUCUUUCUUGGAUCGCAGCAAUGUGGGGAAUGCGCGACUCGAAGGAAUGACCGAUGACAUCCAGAUGUCAGGAGAUCAAUACCUGACUGGCUUGACGCUGUACUUUAUCGGUUAUGUCCUUUUUGAGCUGCCCUGCAAUGUUGUCCUGAAGAACACCACCCCAAGACAGUGGCUACCGACAUUGACGCUCAUCUGGGGUGUGGUCGCGACUUUGUUGGGAAUCGUACAAAACUACCCAGGCUAUCUGGCAUCAAGAUUCUUUCUUGGUGUGGCAGAAAGUGGCCUCUUCCCAGGUGUUGUCUUCUAUCUGUCGAUGUGGUAUAAGCGUAAUGAACAGCAUUACCGAGUGGCUCUCUUUUUCAGUGCUGCAUCACUGGCCGGUGCCUUUGGUGGUAUCCUUGCUUGGGCAAUCGCUCACAUGAAAGGUGUUGGCGGCCUCAAUGGAUGGCGUUGGAUUUUCAUUCUGGAAGGACUGUUGACUGUGAUCGUGUCCUUGCUCGCAUACUUCUGGGUAUACAACUAUCCAUCCACAGCCGAGUUUCUGUCAGAGGAAGAGCGGCAAUUUAUUCAAUUGCGCCUGAAAAACGACAGUGAUGCCACCUUCGAUGAAGAGUUCACCUGGUCCGCAGUUCUAGAAGCUAUCAAGGACCCCAAGGUGUGGCUUUAUGGGCUCGGAUUCCAUACCAUGUCGCUCCCUCUAUAUACCCUUUCACUCUUUUUGCCCACAAUCAUCAAGGAGUUAGGGUUCUCCGCCGCAAAGGCUCAACUCCUGUCCGUGCCGCCAUACGCUGUGGCGUUCGUCCUCACCAUCAGCGUUGCAAUUGCUUCUGAAAAGACUCGCAUUCGUGCACCGUUCAUCAUGGGCUCAUCUGCCCUUGGUUGUAUUGGGUACAUCCUCCUCCUAUCACAGCAUCGUGCGGGUGUAUCUUAUUUGGGAACUAUUUUUGCGGCGGCAGGAAUCUAUCCAGCUGUCGCAAUUGUACUGUCUUGGCCUGCUAACAAUGUGUCUGGUCAAACGAAACGGUGCAUUGCGAACGCCCUGCAAAUCUCAAUCGGUAAUUUAGGAGCGGUUCUUGGAACACAGCUGUAUCGGACGGAGUCUGCGCCACGAUAUUUCCUGGGCCAUGGCUUCGCGUUAGGUUAUCUCGUAGCCAACAUUAUCGUUGUGGCAAUCUUGUGGCUGGUUCUUCGACGAGAGAAUGCCGAAAAAGAACGCCUCAGAGAAGCGCAAGGCUUGACACCCUUGAUGGGAGAUGUCGGUGAUGCUGAAGGAGAUUUCCAGGGAGACCAAGAUCCUCGAUGGUUCGAGGACCACACCUCGCUCUACGAAUGA